UCCCGUACACAAUCCCAAACACUAAACAGGUGGUCAUACGCCGCCGCGCUGCGACCGACGCGAUGAAACGGAACGGGCACCGAUUUUAACUUCUACACCGAUAAGGUGCCGAACCAAAGAUUAUUAAUGAUCUGGAAUUCGAGACACGGGAACCUUUAAUCCCGAGUUUCCCCUGGAUUCGGGCAGGAGAGUGGAAACUAUGAAAGUGACUGUGUGUUUUGGAAGAACUCGGGUCGUUGUUCCGUGCGGAGAUGGCAACCUUAAAGUGCACACGCUCAUCCAGCAGGCCGCGAUGCGGUACAGGAGAGCGAUCGCCAAGGGUGAAGAGUACUGGGUACAGGUCUACAGACUCGAACACAGUGAUGGAGGAAUUCUGGAUCUGGAUGAUAUUCUGUCUGAUGUGGCAGAUGACAAAGACAAGUUGGUGGCCGUGUUUGACGAACAGGAGCCGCACGUUGGAGGUGAUGGAACCAGCGCGAGUUCAACUGGCACACAGUCACCCGAUCUGUUCUCUGGAGAGCCAUCCACCUCCACCCCACUGUCUGCCUUCCAGCCGUACCUGCCCCACAGCGAAAUAGAGGUCACCACCUCCACACUUCGAACCAAUAUGCCUUUGCACGUUCGCCGCAGCAGCGAUCCAGCAUUGUUGAACCUGACAGCGGUGCAGUUCUCUGAAGCAAACUCACAACCUGAAGAACCUUCCAGGAAGAACCCCACACGCUGGUCCACCACCGCCGGCUUCCUGAAACCCCGCUUCUCCACUGGCACCCACAGCUUGGAGAGAAAGGGGCAAGGUGUGGACACGUACCGUAGCCUUCCUCGUGAUGCAGGGCAGUGGGCCAAUCAGAAGGAGUUUCAGCGUGAGAAGGCCCGUUCCUCACUCAGCGCCAACCAUCCCAUGGUGGACCGCUGGCUGGAGCGUCAAGAGCAGGAUGAGGAAGAGAAUGGCAGGAUAGAGCCGGUGGGCCAUGCAGAUACGUGUUUAGAACACAUGGGAGUGAGAUCACUAGAUGACAUUGUAAAACUGGUAGAAGUGUCCAAUGAUGGAGGUCCGCUCGGCAUCCACGUGGUGCCCUUCAGUGGGCGUGACCGCAGGACGUUGGGUCUUCUGGUGAAGCGUUUGGAACGCGGGGGAAAAGCACACGUUCAGGGUCUGUUCCAGGAAAACGAUUGCAUCGUUCGGAUCAACAACGGAGACUUGCGGAACGUCCGCUUUGAGCAUCCGUCAGUUUCUCGCUGCAGAGCUCAGAACAUGUUUCGCCAGGCUAUGCGUGCUCCUGUCAUCCUCUUUCACGUGGUGCCAUCCUCCAUGAGAUCUCAGUAUGAACAGAUAUCCCAUAAUGAACACAACCCUAGGGCGAGCUUUGAUGUCUCCGGACGCUUCAGCCCUGAUUCGCUCACCAACGAUCCAGUCAACAAUGCUGGACUGGACCACGCCGCUCACAGAUUGGCACAACACAGAUCACAUUCAUCAGAUAACCACACAGAUACCAGCUCUCCCAUGCAUCAUCCUAGUGGCCCAGCGGGGAAACCUCCGUUAGGCCACGCCUCCUCUCCUCAAAGAGGCUUAAGCCCCACCCCCACGUCAGGCUUCAGUAAGAAGGUUGGGAGGAGACUUGGAAUCCAGCUUAGAAAAGGACCUGAAGGUCUUGGGUUCAGCAUCACUUCAAGAGACGUGCCCCUGGGAGGCUCCGCCCCUAUUUACGUGAAGAACAUCCUACCCAGAGGAGCCGCCAUACAGGACGGGCGACUGAAAGCGGGGGACAGACUGCUAGAGGUCAAUGGGGUGGAUCUGAACGGGCGUGGCCAAGAGGAGGUGGUUUCCCUGCUAAGGGCCACACCCAUGGGCGGGACUGUGAGUCUCCUGGUGCUUAGACAGGAAGAGACAUUUCUACCCAGAGAAAAGAACAUCGAACCAGCAAUACAGAACACAAGAGAAUGGAAGGUAGAAGAGGAGGAACUAGUCUUAACUCCAGACGGUACGCGGGAGUUCCUGACGUUGGAAGUGCCUCUGAAUGACUCCGGCUCGGCAGGGUUAGGGGUCAGCGUCAAGGGAAACAGGUCAAAGGAGACCCACGCUGAUCUGGGCAUCUUUGUCAAGGCUAUCAUCAAUGGAGGAGCAGCAUGCAAGGAUGGCAGACUGCGCAUCAACGAUCAGCUCAUUGCAGUUAACGGAGAGUCGUUGUUAGGGAAGACCAACCAGGAUGCCAUGGAAACGCUGCGCAAGUCCAUGUCAACGGAGGGCAACAAGAGAGGGACGAUUCAGCUUAUCGUGGCAAGAAGAAUCAACAAACGUCAUGAGGGUGAGAGCAGAUCCAGUCCCAGAGGGUUAGAUCGGACCCUGAGCCCGUCUCCAAAUGACCACGAGCGACGGAUCUCACACUCGCUGUAUGGCAUUGAAGGGCUUGACGACAACUUGAGACCACAAGCCAACACACUUAACCAAAAAAUGAAUCAUUACCAGCUUUCACCCACGGUGAACAUGCCUCAGGAUGACAUGGUCAUAAUAGAAGACGAUAGGCCGCACAUACUCCCUGCCCAGCUGUCUGACCAAUCGUCUUCCAGUUCUCACGAUGACAUGGGUUUCGCUGUGGAAACGCCGCCCCCGCCACCUUGGGACCAAGGGCUUCCCGACAGCUCUGCCAGUGCUAAUGGUGAGGAGGCAUUUCAAAGGGAAGGCUUUGGCAGGCAAAGCAUGUCUGAGAAACGCACCAAGCAGUACGGAGACGCAAGCCAACUCGACAUCCUCAAGACCCGCAAGUCUAAGAGCAUGGACUUAGUGGCUGAUGAGAUUAACCUCACACACUACACAGACAACCACACAGGUUCUUCCUCACAUGACGUCGGUCCAUCCCUUGGCCUGAAGAAAUCCAGCUCUCUUGAAAGUUUACAGACUGCUAUCGCUGAGGUGACGCUCAAUGGUGACCUUCCCUUUCACCGGCCACGCCCACGCAUCAUAAGAGGGCGGGGCUGCAACGAGAGCUUCCGAGCCGCGAUUGACAAAUCGUACGACAGGCCAGCGGCCAAUGAGGAUGAAGAGGAGUGCAUGGACACAUUGGAGGAAGACACAGAAGGAAGCUCUCGGUCAGGGCGCGAUUCCGUUUCCACGGUAGCUGACCUCACUCCUCUUCCAGUCACCGAGCAACAGAUGAUCAAUGGCAACCAGCCUCAAAACGACAAGAAAGAUAAAGGGGGGAAGGACAAAAAGAAGCCGGAGAAGGAGAAGAGUAAAACAAAGAAAGGAAUGCUCAAGGGCCUCGGAGAGAUGUUCAGGUUCGGGAAGUACCGCAAGGAUGAGCGCUCGGAUGCUGGAAAGUGGAAGCCUGAGGAAACUCAUGCAUCUGAAGAGGAGACACAGCGGAUGAGACAAGAACAGGAGAGGAUUCAGGCAAAAACGCGAGAGAUCCGUCAGCGUCAGGCCAGAGAGAGGGACUACGCUGAGAUCCAAGACUUUAGCCGCUCCACAUUGAACUCACUUCCUGCAGAAGAUCCCCCGUAUGCUGGCAUCGGCUCGCUGGAACUCGGCGGGUACCAGCGGAUCCACACGCCACCAGACUCGCCCUACACACAGAAACAGAAUGCCCGGAAUGGGCAGUUCUCUCCGUCAGACAGGCUGACACCAAGCAACCAUGAUCGAAUCCAGCGCUUACGCCAGGAGUUCCAGCAGGUCAGACAGGAAGAGGUGGAGCCAAAUGACCGCCCCCGUAACUACAGCCUGGAGCAGCCGUGGUCCAACUGCUCGCAAACCACAUCUGGCCGUCAUUCGGUGUCCGUGGAGGUACAGUUACAGAGACAGGAAGCUCGAGAUUCUUUUACUCACGCUCAGAGGCAGUACAGCUCUCUUCCACGGCACCCCCGUAAGAUGCCCACCCCGGCUUCAGAGAGCGAAUGGGAAAGGACAUGUCCACCGGGAGACGGUUUUCAGGCAGCUAAAGACAGCGGCCGUUACUCCAGCUACCAGGGUCCUCGAUCCGUCCCACGCACUUUCUCCCGUCCAAGCUGCAGGAAUGGCCUCUCUGCUCCCCCUGGACCCGCCGGGACCUCUGUGGGUAGCGGAUACAAUGCCCGUGUCCUACUAGAGGCCCAGGAGCUCCUCCGACAGGAACAGAGGCGCAGAGAACAGGAACUGAAAGGAAGAGGCCCGUCGACGAGGGUGGACUUCGACGAAUCCCAGGAUUCCAAAGGACCCCUCCGACAGGAUGUCCCACCCUCCCCUCAACAGAUUGUUAGACUCGGCCGCAUCCACACACCUGAGAAAGCACGGCCAUUUUUGUCAUGAGGAAAAGAUUCGCAGUGUAUUUACCUUUUUUGAACAUGAAUAACAUGGUGGAGAAAACUAUGGUGUGCAAUCGCUGAUAGAUGCAAACAUCAGUGGGAUAUUUUGGACCCAGACUCUGCCUCCCUGAGUGCCUUUCCGUUAUGAGGUUACGGUAGUCCCGCCCUCUCGGUGAAUCCGGUGGCAAGAAGGCUCUUGCAUUGGCUGUGAAGGACUUUAUGCUCUGACAAUCAACCUGAAACCAGCCUCUGCUUUACUCCUCUCUAGAACCAUGUACUGUAGUACAACUAUCCCAUCUAUAAAAAUGAGCAAUUGUCCUGCUUUGCACAGGUUUUAAUGAAGUUUUUUUUUGCUAUGAAGUAAUUAUUGCUACAGUGUGUCAGAUGAAUUUUAAACUUCAAGUAAAAGUUGUCGACUAUAUUCGAGUAUGAUGUAGUUACAUCAUAGUUGCUGUUCAAUGUAAUGAACACAUUUAGUCACAAGGUACAGCAUCGUUGACGGGCAGAAAAUAGAAAAGAGGAAAUUCCACAAAGAGAGAAAAGAGAAAAACAUAAUGGGGUCACAGUUAGCAGGUCAUUAAUUGAUGCUCCUCAUUAAAUUUUCAGUGCACUUUCAUACACAGAGUCCUCGACCCACUGCUGCCUGCCAGGUGUGUGCGUCCGUGCGUGCGUGAGUUCCUGCUCUCCCAGAUGACCCACACUGAAUUUUUCAUCACCCACACCAGCUGCCCUUGCAUUGACAGGCCAUAGUGCAGUGUGAAACUUCAGUCACCGAGAUUGAGUCCCCUAUCUCCCAUAAACACACACACACACUGGCUGUGUUUGGAAUAAUGUAAAUCAUAGUACAAUUACCUUUUCUGCAGUAUACUGCAUAAAAAUUCAGUUUACAGUCCUGAACUUUGGACACCAUUGAUAUAUAUCAUUUAUACCACACCAGAUAUGUAGAUCUGUCCGCCAUUUUGGAACGGUCCAUAUUUAAUUUGCUGAUGUCACUUACAGCAUCUUUAACCAAAGUCCGUUCACAGAAGUAGUGCCACUCGGCGGCCAUGUUUGCAACGUCUUCGGGCAGCUAUUAACGUCAUAGCAAGACCAAUCCUAUCCGCUUAAAUGGGGGAACACUGAUAUUUCUACAAUUGCCGGCUUAAAUCCCAAUUAAACAACAUAUGUCCUAUCAAUAAUUAAACAUGUCAUAAACUGUACCAUAACUUUGCCUUGCUAAGCUUAAACCGUGCAAAAAAUCACCUUUUUCGAGUGCGCUUCAUCCACAGCGCACGGGCACAGGCUGGCAAGCGGCUCACGAGAGCCCCACCCCAGAGAAUCGUCAGUCUUUAUCGAUUGACGAUUGGCUCGUUUUACUGGAGGGCGGGGGACUUCUUUUGCUAGUGCGGCCAUAUUGAGUGUUGCAUUCCUCCUCAUUCAUUGUAAUGGCAGAGGCGCAUCUUGUUAAUAUUAAUAUCUUUGCUUUAACUUAAUAUUACAGAUUUUUUAACUAUGGUAAGUUGAAUGUUGUGUCAGGUUUCUCUCAAUUGUUCAUGAACUGCUGGUUGCCAGAUCUGCAUAGCAAUCAAAAAUAGAUAUUAACUAAGUGUGCCACUCAGGAGCGGACUGGCCAUCUGGCGUACCGGACGUUUUCCCGGUGGGCUGCUAACGUAUGGGGCCAGAACGGAGGCGGUGGCCGCUAACGUAUGGGGCCGUAACGGAGUCGUUGUUCGCUUUGACGGACGUAUUAUAAAUGCGAAUGCACGCAACGCGAAUGCAAAAGACACGUAUGCAUGCACACCCCAUACACGACUUCUGUAAAUAGACUUUGGUAACAAUACCAGCCCAACGGCCAACAAAAUUAUAGCCAAAAGCCCAAAUACAAAAAACGUAAAUAAUGUAAGCUUAUUUUAAUAUUAACUAUAUUUAAUAUUAACAUUAACAAUGGCAACACUGUUUCAAAAUGGCAGAAAGUAUAACGGCCAUAAAAACAGCCAGUUAUGCUGCAUUUAUAUAUAUCUAUGAUGUAUACUGUACAGUUGAGCAAUACAUAGCCAGACACCACCCACUUCAGAUUGACAGAUAGAUAAACUGGAUACAUUUAUGAGCAUUUAUUGAUCAUUAAAUCAAAGUCUUGAAUCAAUAAAUGAGCUAAACCAUGCAUCUGUCUGUCGCCCUGUCGUUAACUGCUGGAGGUGUCACAUCAGCCCCGCCCCUUUUUAUUUCAAACAUGCCCUAUUGCAUAUCAGCUCUGCCCCUAACAGAUGCUGAGGGGGUGACUACAACACAGCAUCAGUGCACUUCGAGAUCACACACUAGAACUUUGCGUUCUGCCGAGAGGAACUCUGAGAGUUCUGGGCUCUGAAUCAAGAACUCCUGUAGAGCUGAGAUGCUCUCAGACUUUAACAGGCUAGGUCAGCGCUCUCUGUGUAAGUGUGUGUGCCAGGGGGGUAGGGUCAUAUGAGCCAGCCGAUGCUCGCUUGACACACAACAGUGUGACACAUGGUGCGAAACACACUCUGCUGCCCAGGCACAGAUGGUUGUGUUUGUGUGUGUGUAUCAAGAUAAGAACAUGAAAUGAGCUUCAGUGCGAUUCUAAACAAUCAAGACACUUCCUUAUUGUUGUUUGUUCUUUCACAUCAGAUUGAGGAGUUUUCCUGGUCUUUGUAAUUCUCGAGAGCGUUAAGAAAUACUGCCUGUUUUUUACCUUUACCACUUAAAUGAAUUGAAACCUCUUUUGCACCUUUUUAGACAUCUCCAAAUUGUAUAAACCGUUUUAAUGAAGAAGUGUUAAAUACACAGUGACACAAGCAGACAGACUAUGUGUGUAUCAUCGCUACAACCUCCGAUGUGUUCACGGGCAGCCAGAGAUACUGAGUUUCUUUAUUAGUUUGUUUACAGAACUCUGAACUACAGAACAGUGUUUUUCGUUUUUUGCCUGUGAGCUUCAUGUCUCUGGUUCAGAAAUUUGUGAUUUUAGAAACACAGCUUCUGUUUUGACUACAAAUCUCUUGUAAAAUAAAGGAAGGGAUGCUCUUCCAUUUGU